AUGAAGGUCUUUCUUUCAUUUACAGUCCUUGAAGUCCUUUUUCUGGUGCACAUUUCCCUGGCAGUCUACGUUCAGGAUGGAGACUUGAAAUUCUCCCUUGAGUCCGUGAAGAAGCUAAAGGAGCUUAUGGAUGAGAACAGACAAAGUAACCCUCGCAUGGUGGUUUCAAUGGCUAACUAUUCUCCAUGUGAUGAAAAAGAUCUCCCCGAGGAGUUACAAUCCGUGUGCGAAAAAGAAGAUGCAUCCGUGAUUUUUGAAAGGCUGAACUUGGCUGUCCAAGACGCUGAUUUGUGCGAAAUCUGUGCCAAUGCUGCCUGCGCUGGUUGCUUUUGA